UAGAAGUACACAAACACAAAUAGAAGUACACCAACACAAAUGGAAGAAGACAAACACAAAUGGAAGCACACAAUGUUACACAAACACACAAUUCAACAGCGAAUGAUCAGAUCAUAUUUUUUCUCGUAUACGAUUAGAAGCUUGAGACUUGUUAUUAUAGACAAAUUUUCUGAUGUUUUGUCAGACAUGUGGCACAGCUAUUAACCAUCAAAAAGCCAAUUUCUGUGGGAACUGAGGUGCAGAAAUAAUUAAAUGCACACCGGACCGUGAAUAUGAAGGUACAUCUCAAAGUACAUCUUACACCAUGGAUCAUGAUUGUACAAAGCAGUCUUUAACCUUCUGUGAGUUUGUGGAAAGAAGACAAAAAUUACAGACUCAAGAAGAAGAGAUUAACUCCAUUCGAAAACGGAAGAAGAAUGAACGUGUGUGUCACAUCUCAAAAAAGAAAAAGAACAAAGAAGAACUGGUUAAGAUCAAUAUAGGAGUUGCAGAGGUUGAUGUUGACUGCAGAAAAUUGAAAAUUAGAAGAGGAUCCCUUCUUCCAGUUGAAGUGCUAAAAACUGAUUAUCAUGUUGCUGUUAAAGAAAAGGGAAUUACAAAACAAUUGGCACACAGCAAACAUAUGAGAGAAAUUGGUCAUUGUGGUUGGAUUUUUUUGUAUCCAGAUUUUGAUCAAGUGCUUCAUCUCCCUGGAACACAAAGUCCAUUCUCAGUGGAAAAGUAUAAAGAGUCCAUACGAAGAGCAUAUUCUCGUGUCAACUUAUAUUUAUGUCGAAUACAUGACUAUGAACUUGCAAAUGACCUGGAUGAUAGUGAAGAAGUGGCACAUAUAUAUACUGGGAUGGAGAGCAAACCAUGUUCACCGCCAAUACAGGCAGUUGCUAAUGAUACAUUCCAAGUGAACAGCAAUCUUUGUGAGAUGCCUGAUCCUCUAAAUGCAUUUAACUCUGAUGAUGUUCCAGAUUGUUUAAUGAUAGCUGCUAUGGAAACACCUUCCAAUGAUUUGGAAAAUAGUUUUGAAGGGGAUGUGCAGUUUAGACUUCAUGAAGAUCAGAGCGAUUCACUAAAUCAUGCCGACGUAAUGGAUCGUGGAACAAGUUCAAUCAUGGUGCAGUUUGAAAGAAGCCAGCCUGAAGUCACUCCCGACGAAAUGGAAAUAAUUAUUCAUCGAUCAACACUUGUGAAAGAUCUAAUUGCUGCAUUUUGUGAUCCCAAAGUGUCGAAUUCAAUUUUGUUUUUUAAAGUCGUUGAUGCACGAGGUGUUGAAGAGAGAGGUGAAGGAAAGGGUGUUGCUAGGGAUGUGCUUACAGAAUUUUGGUGUCUCUUCUUUCAGUCUCUUGCUGUAGGAGCCGCGGCUAAAGUUCCCGUAAUACGACAUGAUUACCAGAAAGAUCAGUGGGAAGUAAUAGCUAGAAUAUUGUUAUAA